GCUACUCAAAGUGUCCGACAAUAUGCGCCUACUCGAUUAUUUUUUAAGCCUUCACUUCGGAAAGUGUCAAUUGUUCUUUGAAACAACGUAGUUAAUAAUGUUUUGAGGCCACUGUUUAAGUGUCAUUGUCUUUGACUUUACAUGCAUCCUAAAGUGUGAUUGUAAUAUUUUUUUUAAAUAUCGCAAUAUUACAUGCAUUACGGUAAAAACUAGUAAACUAUAGUAACCACAGAAAGUCAUUUUCAUUACGAAGAGCGUCAAGAAACUCUUCGUACAGUAAGUCAAGCUUGAUAUUUAUAUUGUAAAAACACAUUCCUCAACAUGACAGAAAUAUUUUCGUCGCUCUACGGACAAAGUGAAGCUCAGGGACCUUCGGGACCUUCUGCGAUGGGGUUCGGCCCUGGGAAGCCACUUCCACCACCGGUACCCCAAAACCCAGUGCACAUGGCGGUGCCCAUUCCACACCAACUUGUAGAUGAGGGGCCUCCUCUUCGAAAACCUGCAGCAAUGAACGAACCCUUUUACCUAGUGCGAGAACUGCCAGGAUGUGUCAGAUAUCCUCCGUCUCAUCAAGUGGAAAAUGAGCUGACUGGAAACACCAACCUCAUCACACACUACAAUCUGGAGCAUGCAUAUAACAAGUUUUGUGGCAAGAAAGUUAAGGAGAAGCUCAGCAACUUCCUCCCAGAGCUCCCUGGUAUGAUAGACACAACAGGUCUUCAGGAUGGAAGUUCUUUGCGCUCCCUUAUAGAGAAGCCACCAGUAUGCAAUAACUCCUUCAGUCCUCUUACUGGAACCAUGCUCACUGGGUUCCGACUACACACAGGCCCUCUUCCUGAGCAAUACAGACUGAUGCACAUUCAGCCCCCGAAGAAGAAGAGCAAACAUAAACACAGACACCACCGGCCACAGGACCCCUUACCUCCAGAAACACCGUCAGACUCAGACCACAAGAAAAAGAAGAAGAAGAAGGAUGAUGAUCCUGAUAGAAAGAAAAAGAAGAAGGAUAAGAAGAAAAAGAAGAAGUGCCAUCAACUUCUCUGGGCUUGGAGGCAUCUGGGAUGGACCAUCACACAGCGGAAACGUGUAUUGUGGUCUUUUUUGUAAGAAAUGGACACCAUGUGCUCCAGACCAAAGACGAUACAGACCAUCCAGACUGUUACCAGUAACAAGUCCAAAACCCAGGGUCUAUUAUGGUAUGGGGUUGCGUCAGCGCCCUUAGCAAAGGUAACUUACACUUCUGUGAUGGCAGCAUUAAUGCAGAAAUGUACAUUGAGAUUUUGGAGCAACAUAUUCUGCCUUCAAGACAACAUCUUUCCCAGGGAUAUUUCAACAAGACAAUGCAAAACCACAUUCUGCAUGCAUUACAAAGGCAUGGCUGUGACUUCCGGGUGGGACGAGGAUGGCGAUGGCUGCGUGAAAACUUUGCUCCCGACCAAACUGCUGCAAACCCCCAAGGAAUACAGGAGAUCUUUCUCGUAAGAGUUCAAUUUUGUAAACUAAUGCUGGGGGGAGACGAACGUGGCCUCAGUAUGCCAUUAAGAAGCAAAAAAAAAAAAAAAGGAAACUGACAUGGAAGGCGCAGGUUGUAACGAUGAGGCUAUGCUAGGUGAGACGGUCUCAUUAGCUUCCAUCCGUAAGGCCAUAAAUGAAGCUAUGGCUAAUGCUACAUCCGAGCUGGAGACUAACAUCUCUAAACAGUUCUCGGACUUCCAGUGCAACAUCCAAGAGAACAUUAAAAAACAACUUGGCGAAAUGAGAUCGGAUAUUAAUCUGAAGAUGGAGGAGACCAUGAACAAAAUCGAAGUGGUGUAGCAGAGACUGGGGGAAGCCGACCAACGGGUAGGAGAGGUUGAAACAUUCAAUAUGGAAGUGGAUAAAACUUUAACCCAGAUGCAGAGAACUCAACUUGAAUUAAAAUCAAAACUGACCGAACUCGAAGGGCAUUCCCAUCGCAAUAACAUACGGAUCUACGGCAUAAAAGAAGGAGCUGAGGGCACCUCGAUGAUUCACUUUGUGGAGAACCUCAUUCAAACCGAGCUGGGUGAGGGCACCGGCCCAAACGAACUUGGCAUUGAGCGUGCAUACAGAGUACUCAGACCCAAACCAGCUGACAAUGUUCCCCCGAGAUCAACGAUUGUUAUAUUCCUGAAAUACUCAACCAAAGAGAAGAUCAUCAACAUGGCGUGGAAAAAAACCAUCACGUGGACAGGAAUAAGGUGUUUUUUGACCAUGACUAUGCAACAGCUGUUAUGGAAAAAAGGAGGGAAUAUCUGCCGAUUAAGAAAGUGCUGAAAGAGAAGGGAAUCAAGUUCCGCACACCGAUGACAAAAAUGCGUGUUUUCCUGGACUCUGGGACAGUUACAUAUGAUAACGCCGGAGAUGAUCUACGAGCGAAGGGGUUCCCGAUUCCACCGAGACCCGAGGGCAGAUCGAGGGAAAUGUCACGGCCCCAUUUCACCUUGGAAAAGGUAAAUCGAUCCCGGCGUAGAGACGGCAGGGAAUAUCAGCAAAGGAUCCAGGACAAGCUCCGCGGAUUUCAACAAGAGACUGAAACCGACGCCGAGGACUGUUAAUUCACAUCGUUUCAUCAUAAUACCAGCUUUCCUGUACUCCUGGCGACGUCUUCAUCUUUAUUAUUUGACAUCGGAUAAAGACGGUAGGCUACAUCUCCCAGACCAUCUGAAUAACUUCCAAUCCGCGGUCUCCUCCAAACGGUGACCCACUAAAUGCCACUUUGAUGAAACCAGUAAUAUUGUUGGUUUGGACUCACUCUACCCCUUAAAUGUUUUUUUUUUUUACAUGCAGUGUUCCUUAUCAUGAUACAGUAUACUUCUUGAUUUUCAUAGGCCAAGUCUUUUAUAUCACUUAAGCUUCAGGGUAAGGCAGUCAGUCUGUAGUGCUGAAUGACAGCCACCCACACAAACAACCAGAGGGGGCCCCGCAACUCAGCGGUUGAAACAUCCCCCUAUACUAGAGGACUAUGGAUAACCUCUUCCUUGGAAUACCACUUUCUGUUUAUUGUCAUGUUCUAUUGUUAUGACUGUUCUGUUACUGUUUAUGGUUUUUAAUCUGCUGUUCUCAGGGGAGGCGAGUGAGUGUUUAGGAGAAGGUUGGUCUAUAACUGAAUAACAGAAUUUAAGGUUAUCACUCUAAAUGUCAAUGGUUUAUCAACCCCUGUCAAGAGAAGUAAAGUGAUAUCCAAAAUAAAAAGGGAAAAGGCACAAAUUAUAUUCUGGCAAGAAACCCAUCUAACAGACCAAGAACAUGAAAAGGUAAAGAAAAUGGGCUUUAGACACACUUAUUACUCAUCCUUUAAAACAGGACGUAAGAGGGGCGUGGCUAUUUUGAUGCCAAAUAAGGUUCAUUUUGAACUCCAGGUAGAGAUUAAGGACAAGGAGGGCAGGUUUAUUAUGGUAAAGGGCAAAUU